GCUCGCUCCCGUCCAAUCAGACUCCAGCUCUCCGUUCACCUGAUCACAGCGAAGCCAUUUUGUCCUGAACUGCUCCGCCAGCGCAUUCUUCAGCAAACCGGAAUAACGUAGAGCUGACAGUUCGAGCCACAGACUCAGCGUCAGACAGACAGGGGUUUUACAGCGACACCACCCCUCAUUCAGCCCCGAACAGCUCGACGUCUCUCGGUCUCACCACAGGCGGAACCGUGUCGUAUUCGCGGACUAGGGGAGACUUUAAGCGGGACGGAAGGGAAGAGAACCAGGCAUCCGGUUAGACGCGCUGGCUCACCGGGCUGGAGUCCAACUUGAGCCGGACACUUUCAGCUGUCCUCGUCGGGAUGCGUGCUGCACUUGUUUUUAACAACAUCUACCAGUCUUUUUGAAGAUUUUGCGUCAUCUAGCAACAGCUUAGGCUCGCGCGGGACUGUGUUCUGUUCGUAGUGUCUAAUAUAAGAAAGCUGGAGCACUAAUUCAAGUUCAUAUGUGAUUUAUCUACUCAGCUGGCUGGGCAGAUAGUUUAAGUUGUCGAUUAGAUAAGUCGCCUAAAUAGAUUGGUUACAUAAUACUUUUGUUUAGUUACCGGUAUUGUUACAUUUUUGAGUUGAGCCAGCUUUCUUAAAGUCUCUCAUAGGGUUUGGUUUGUAUGUCUGUGCAUAUUUCUCUUAGUCGGAGUUCUUGACUGGUUAGGAUUUCGUUGCCAGUAUAAUAGUAGGUUCAUAAAGGCAGGAAAAACCACAGAACAGAUCUCAUCUCAAGCUAGUCUGCGGUGCUUGCCAUAUCCACUUUGUUUUCUUUCAAAAGGUCUGUAUUGGUGAGGCUCAAGCUGGCUGACAGGUGAUAUUUUCUGCCUGAAUCCUCUCAGCUGGCCGAACUGAUAGCUAUGACAUUUUCCAACAGUUGUUUUGUAUCUUCAGACUUCAAUAUUACAAGUAUCUGCUCUUGGUGCCAACGCUGUAGGAGUAAUUUUAGCUAACAAAAGCUCAGUUCGCCCCUCCUUAUUAGUCACGGCAUAUCUAGUUGUGACAUUUUUACUAGUUCGGUCACCUUUUCCUUCCAUUUUUGCUACAAGUGUAUGAAUUAGUGCCAGCUGACUUGGUGGCUGGUUCGAAACGUAUCAGACUCAUCAGUUUGUAUCGAGUGUAUUUUUGUAAAGUCGUCAACUCCUAUACUAGGUCUUAGUGGAAAGACACACCUUUGCAGCCAAACCAGGUCAAGUUUAGCGGUCAUUUUCCGUAUCUCAGAGUUGAAUUAAAAAUGUCAGGACAGUCCAUCACAGAUCGCAUCGCUGCGGCCCAGCACAGCAUGACUGGAUCCGCCAUCAGCAAAGCCGUCUGCAAGGCCACAACGCAUGAAGUCAGUGGACCCAAGAAGAAACACCUCGAUUACUUGAUCCACUGCACCAAUGAGAUGAAUGUGAACGUGCCCCAGCUGGCCGACACUCUGUUUGAAAGAACCGCCAACAGCAGCUGGGUUGUGGUCUUCAAAGCGCUUAUCACCACACACCACAUAAUGAUGUAUGGAAAUGAGCGUUUCAUUCAGUAUCUGGCCUCAAGAAACACGCUCUUCAAUCUGAACAAUUUCCUUGACAAAGGUGCAUUGCAAGGCUAUGACAUGUCCACGUUCAUCAGGCGGUACAGCAGAUAUCUCAAUGAGAAAGCCCUUUCCUAUAGGCUGGUGGCUGUGGACUUUACCAAGAUGAAGAGAGGUAUUGAUGGAGUCAUGCGUACCAUGAACACAGAGAAGCUGAUCAAAACGUUGCCUAUCAUUCAAAACCAGCUGGACGCGCUGCUGGAUUUCCAGGCUAACCCUAAUGAGCUGACUAACGGCGUGAUCAACGCUGCCUUCAUGUUGCUCUUCAAAGACUCCAUCCGUCUGUUUGCUGCCUAUAAUGAGGGUGUUAUCAACCUGCUGGAGAAAUACUUUGAUAUGAAGAAAAACCAGUGUAAAGAUGCUCUGGACAUCUAUAAGAAGUUUCUGUACAGGAUGACCAAGCUGUCAGAGUUUCUUAAAGUGGCUGAGCAAGUUGGGAUUGAUCAGGGUGACAUCCCAGAUCUCACUCAGGCUCCUAGCAGUCUCCUUGAGGCUCUUGAGCAACACCUAGCCUCUCUGGAGGGAAAGAAAACCAAGGAGCUCUCCGCUGACAACAGAGCCAACACUCUGUCCAAUGCAGUGUCGUCCCUGUCCAACACGGGCAUGUCCUUCUCCUUCUCAUCCAGCAGGAUGGACGAGAAAGAGAAACAACAGGCCCUGGAGGAGGAGCAAGCCCGUCUGCAAGCUCUCAAGAACCAGCGUCUGAAGGAGAUGAGCAUGCAGACGCCUUCCACCUCACCCAGCACACAGUCUAUGGGUAGUGUCAACAACCACACUGCGGGCAUGGACCUGUUCACCAAUACCACAAGUCCACCCUCAACAAACAGCAUGCCAAACCUCACCAGUGACUUGUUUGACCUCCAGCCUGCCUUCGUUCCUGCUGUGCAGAGCACUCCUAUCUCCACCGCCAGCAAUGCCUGGGGAGGUCUAGAAAGCAGCACUCUUCAUCCCAUGGCUUCCAUGCCCACCAUGAAUGUAGAUUUUGAUGCUGUAUUUGGGACUAAUACUUCCAAUAGUGAUGUCAAGCCAUCAGCUGGUCAUGAUGCGUUAGGAGACUUGUUGAAGCCCACGGUGUCCGUUCACAGUCAGGCACCAGUCAUGCCCCCUCAUAAUGGCAGUAAACUGUUGGCCAAUGACCUGGACUCGUCCCUGGCCAACCUCGUAGGCAACCUGCACUUUGGGGGAAUACCAGGCAGAAAGUCUGAUAUGUGGACUCAGCCUGGAGAGAAGAAGCUGACCGGUGGCACUAACUGGCAGUCAAAGACAAUGAGCAGCACCACUGCCUGGAGCCCCGCCCCCUUGCCACCUGCUGCCAUGCAACCUGCCGCCAUGCCCGUGCAACACAUGCAGACUGGAAUGUUCUAUACUAGUUAUGCUCCUGCUCCCAUGGCAUUUCCCAUGACAACACCUCAAGUGCCUGUUUAUGGAAUGGUCCCUCCUCAGCUGGGACAGAUGGGAGGGGUUCCAGUAAUGACCCAACAACCCAUGUUGUACAACCAGCCUGUUCUCAGACCCACAAACCCUUUCACCCCCAUCCCUGGAGCCCAGAUGCAGUUCAUGUAAGUAGCACUUAAGCAGAGCGCCAAACAAGACGGCUGAAAAGAACAAGCAGCAAGUGAGAGGAGGAUCCAACUACCACCAAAUAAAAGGAGAUCAGGACAAAAAGAAAGAGUGUGCAUAUUGAAAGGAAUGUGUUUGUCAAGAAUGCUUACCUCACUGUCUGAAACAGCUUACCUAACACACACACACACACACACACACACACACCCCCAGACGAGAGCGCAUACAGUGUGUCAUUUUUCAUCUCUUUAGGUUCAUUUCUUUCCUGGGGCAUGGUGUCUACUGGCAGGUGUGAUACAUCAUAGAAAUCGUAGAUUUUAUUGCGGAUAUUAAAUUACCUUGCACAGAGCACACUUCUUUUUUUUUUUUUUUUUUUUACUUCGUAAUUAAUAUGAAUUAGAUCUAAAACCCAAACACGGUGGACUUCAUGUUACUGUCGUUUUUUGCUCUGUUAUGAAGAUGCCUAUGUUGAGUUCAGGAAAACGGAACAGUGCAGGUAACUGGAUCAUAAACGUGUUUAAAUGGCUCAUUAUCAGAAUGCCCUGGCUUCUCAUUUCAGAACAAGGAAAGAAUUUGACCUCUUAUAUAAGGUAAUCUGAACCCCCAAGCACUUUACACAUGCAUUUAUGUGUAACGUAAUAUAUAUAUAACAUUGAGCUGGUCUCUUAUAUCUAGAACAUUAGUAGUCUAAUGUUAAUAAUUAACCUGUUACUGUUACUGAUGACUUCUGUUCAAAAUGGUUAGUCAAUCCUUCUUUGUUUAUACUGGUUUAAGGGUUUCUGUUUCAGACAUGAUGGUGGUCUUGCACAUACAUAUGCACACAAAUUGGUGUUACAUGAGCCACACGAAGAGCCCCCUCUCACUGGCCUCCCACCUUGUUUUGUCACUCCAAGGACAUAUCUGCUCCUGCUCUUCUGUGUUAACCAAACAUGUCACGCAUUUACAACUACAUCUCACACUCUGAGCCCACUCCCACACGUGCCACCCGUCCUGGGAGCGGGUGACCGGAAGCAUUGGAGAAGGGUACAGGGUGUGUGGCCCUAUUCAAAAAUCUGUUUUUAAUGAGGGUUUUGUUCAAUACUUUGUUUUUUAAUCUUUUUUUUCUAGAAAGCAUGUAACAGUAUAUAUAUAUAUUUUUAUUGUUUCAGAAAAUGACAAGAAUUAAAAUGGUCUGUUUUAUGUUGCCAAAUUAUGUACAUUUGUGAUUCGAGAAUUGCCAUAAGCUAACUCUUCUACUCAGCGCCUGACAUCACAAUUCUUUCUCUGAAGGACGUGCAUAUUGGUGUUUGCCAACUCUGGAACCAAAAUCAAUCGCUAAAAUCUACUUUUAGUAUGAUUUUGUGCAGUCCCUCAGAAUACGGGACACUGUUAACAGGGUAUCUUUAUUUUUGCUCGUGCAGCCAAAGCAUUUUUGGUCCUCCUGAAAUCCCUUUAACCCUUUCUAGAGCAGGUUUCCACUUCAGCCUUCACAUCAUCCCUUUGUUUCUUCAUGCUAGAUUUAGUUUUUAUUCUGCAUGGACUGAUGGAACGUCAGAGGAGAAAUGCUGUGUUAAUAGCUGUGCCAUGAUAAAUGAGCCCUAAGAAGCUAUGGUUUACAAUGAUUUUAAAAUCGUACUGAUUUCAGAGUUUCUACUCCUUGUCGUGCCUAACAAUGCUGUUCAGCUGUUCUAAAAUCACUGUAAACUACAGCUUCAUGGGGAUUAUUGCUUUUUUCAAAUGAUCACUACAUAAUAGCUGGCAAGGUUUCAUUAUGUAAGCACACAUAAAUGCAAACUUAAUAUUUAUUGGUAACAAAUAAUAAUCCUUCUAAGCAGUCAGUCAUACACAUUUGGAUCUCCAUUAGGGUGAAUAAGUCUGAUUUUGACCUUCCAUCAGUUCAAGUUUGGUCUUUGCUUAAGACAUCAUCACAACAAGUUUCAUGUUGUUGCUGUAAUAUGUGCUUUGUGACCACCUGCCCUUCCUUUUGUAGAAAUAAUGUGCAUCAUGUUUCUCUGCUUGCUUAUUUCUGUGUGAGUGCAAGAGUUGGUUACUAAUUCCUUUUUGAGCAUAUUUUAACAAGCUUGUGAGUGCCGUCAGGGGGUCCAGCAGGUUCAGACUGAAAGCUUUUUACAUGCAGGCUCAAUGUUGAUGCUCUCGCUGUGUUUGCAAGGUAUCGGGGCACUGAGGAGCCAUGCUGUUUAAUUAGGAUCUCUUCUAUUAUCCAUUCACAGGAGGCUUGGUGUGUGAGUGAGAGAGUAAAUGUACAAUGGUGAGCUUCAGGGAGGAUGAAAGAUCUCAAGAUGUACAAAGGUGCUAUCAUGAGCCGGGGUUUCCAUGGUAAUCUCCAGUUUCUGUUUCUUGGCACAGGUCGAUGAGCACAGCAGUGUUUCCUUCUCUUAGUCAUAUUUAGUCUUUUUUUAAUAUAUUAUUAAAAGCUCUGCAUGCAUUAGCAGCCCUGCCUGCGGUGAAGACUGUGUCUUCAGAUGCAAAUUUCUUUGGCAACCUAUGAGAGUAGUGCUUUCAGAUAACCUAUAGGCUUGUUGACUUGUUUCUCUGGCUACGGGUCAUGAAGGCUUUUUCUCUGACACACCAAAGGCUUUUCUUUACUUGGUUUUGCUGAGUUGAGGCGUUCAACGAGCAAACUUUCAUUUUUAUUUAGAAUCCCUGAUAUGCAUAGAAACCUAUGUCCCUCUCUAUGUUUUUUCUUUUUACAGCUCCCUCUUGUGGUUGCUGUGUGUCAUCUUUCAUAUAAACAGCUGCUAGUUGGUCCUUUGUUUGCUGUUUAUGGGGCAAAUGUCUGAGUGUAUUGGACUCACUGCUCUACAUUCAUUCUUUAUUUUAGAGGACCCGGCCAGACUGAAAAGCAGCCAACUCUAGUGUACUUCUGAACUACUUACCAUGAUUUUAUAUGUCUCGGCUCGGCUCGGCUCGGCUCAUUAGCUGGCCUGGAAUACUCAGCUCAGCAGCAGCCUUUCAGAAUCAAUGUGUCAGCGUGUGCCACACGUCUCAGACCUCUGGUGGGGAUGCUUGGUGUCCAGGUCCUUUUCACCUUUGUGCUGUCAUAGAGCUGUCCUGGCUUCUCUGGCUUUAAUGAUUUUGUUUUUAGGUGAGCUAUCUGUCUGCUACAUUCUUAUUAGCAUCUUUUUGUCCUUAUUUUCCUGCUACAAAGAUAUAUGCAGUAUGUUUAGAAAUAUGUAUUCAGUAGAAGCACCAUUAUCCCCAUGUAUCAGCCCAGGGGAGCAAUGCAGAAACUUUUUUUUUUUUUAUCCAUUUAUCAUCAAAUGCCAAAAAAAAGAGAACACACAAUCUCUGUUUAUGUUGAUUUCCCCACUGUGUUUUUUGUAAUUUAUUUAUGCAGACCAUAAGGAGUUUAUUCAGCAUGGUGAAAAUAAAAAGCAGAAACUGUGGGAUUAUUUUUUAUUUUUUUUGUCUUUCAUUUUUGUUUGCCUUUUUUUCACAUAAAUAAAGUCCCUUUUCAUUCCUGAGUUGUUGGUUAUUUUUGUUUAGUUUCAUUUUGUCUGUCAUUUCAUUCAUCUCAUCAGAUUGAGGGCCUGUUUAAACCCAAAAGGGAAGAUCAUUGCCCUCGAGUUCAUUUUGGAUGACCUGAUGUCGGGCUCUUUUGUUUUCUCUUCUCUGGCCUCUUGAAAUUGCACUUCAUGUCUGCCUCAUGGCCCAUAAAGCAGGGUUUUUACAGUAUGAACGCACGUUUUAAAUACCUGGUUAAAUUUGUGACGUGUUGUGUUGUUUUUGCGUCUGUCAAUGUGAUUUCUGUUGAAUCUAUUGCACGAGUUUCACUGCAACGGGAACCACCUGAUUUCUCUUUGUAGCACUUUUUGACAGUGGACUCAGAAACAGGAAAAUCAACCAACGUUUCUUUGUGUAUCUUCUGUUUUAAGACCAACUUCAACUGUUUUGAAGUUGUCCAGACAGUUAAACGUGUAUGUGAAGCUGUAAGUUAUAAUGUAUGGAAAUGGAUGUACAGCAGCACCUACCAUUUUGUGGUCCUUUCACACACUUCACAACAAGUCUUUGGCUGUUUGGUUCAUCUAAAUGAUAAAAUGGUUCUGUGAGAGGUCAAAUUAUUCUCUAGUAGACCAAUUCCCAUCACUGGCAUUAAGGUAGUUCCUGGACUAUGUUGCCAGGCAUUCAAUCUGAUUCCAUUAGUUACUAAGUAACUAAAUCUGGUUUAGAUUAUUUAACCAUUUGCUCUACUCAACUGAAGGUCAACCACAUACUGCAGUCACUAUUUUUCAUUAUGUGGAACUGAAGAAAAAGGAAUUGAACAUGUCUGGUUGUGCUUGUAGAUCAACUCUCUCAAGUGUGGUAGAAUGCUUGUAUUGGUUGUCAGUGUAACUAAACCCGAAUCAAACACCCUCUUCAUUGACUUUUCAUCUGCAACUGCCUCUGGUUUCGCCUUGAGCUUCAUGAAGCACACAGCACUGGUUGAGGUCAACAAUCUUAUGAUACCAGUCUCUCUUGAACUGUCGUUUGUACACCUGCAAUGAAACGUUCAACCCAGAACCAAGAGAUGUGAUGAAUUUAACUCCUUUUUUUUUUUCGAUCGCUUUAUAAUUUGUACCUGUUUUCUUGCAUGUUUUUGUAUCUGACAUGCCUGGGAAAGUUUCACAGAUCCAUGUAACGUUUGCGAAGUUUUAUUAAAUAUGGUGCUGUUUUUAGUAAGCAGUUGUUGUCAUAUUUUUAUGAUUUGUCAGUGGUUAGUUGUGCUGAUCUGGUAUGUUAUAUUCCUUGCAAUUUUUGUAAGUUCUUCCAUCCGUUCUUUCUGUCUUAGUCCCUGUUUUGUUGUCUGUAUUUGUGAAGAAAAUGUAUGGUUGCAAGCCUCUAACCUGAACCACGAGUGAAUGCCUUGUGAAUAAAUGGAUUUAACGCUCGCUCUUGCCGGAUUCUUAAUAAAGGACGUUUUUAACAGA